AUGACUUUCUCAUCUGAGAUUCACACCUUCCACUCUGGUCGGCCACAGUCCGAGUCUUCGUCACGGUCAAACACAUUUGUAUCGGUUGACCCCAGUAACGCGAAGCCACUCGCAACUAUCUACACUACCACACCAGAGCAGCUUAACGAGACCGUCACAGCUGCUCAAAAGGCUUUCCCUGUCUGGUCUCAAACACCAGCACCUCAACGAGCUGCCAUUCUCCUCAAAGCUGCCAAUAUCCUCCGCGAGCGCAAUGACGACCUUGCGCUAACGGAAACCCUCGAUACCGGCAAGCCUUGGUCGGAAACUUCAGCUGUUGACGUUGCAACUGGUGCCGAUGUCCUAGAGUAUUACGCACACAUGGCUGCUGGCAGCUUCCCUGGCCAAAACACUCGGCUUCGUGCUGAUGCUUUUGUCCUUACCACCCACGAGCCCCUGGGUGUUUGUGCCGGCAUUGGCGCCUGGAACUAUCCUAUCCAAAUCGCUCUCUGGAAAUCGGCACCAUGCCUAGCAGCGGGCAAUUGUAUGGUGUAUAAGCCCAGUGAGGUUACGCCUUUACACGCCCAGACACUCGCUCAGAUUUAUAUUGAGGCAGGUGUGCCUCCUGGUGUCUUCAACGUUGUCUAUGGCGAUGGUAUUGCCGUGGGAGCUCCCCUCGUGGCUCACAGCGAUAUCGCCAAGGUCAGCUUCACCGGUCAAGUCAGUACAGGCAGCAAAGUCGCGAGCCAAGCAGUCAAGGAUAUGAAGGGUGUUACCAUGGAGCUUGGCGGUAAGAGCCCACUUGUCAUCCUCCCAGAUGCCGAUGUAGAUGAAGCAGCCGACACGGCUAUGGUUGCCAACUUCUUCUCCACGGGACAAGUGUGUACCAACGGAACCCGUGUAUUUGUCCCAGACACUCUACUGGAGCAGGUUGAGCAAGCGAUCUUGCAACGCUGCCGUGAAGGAAUUCGAAUGGGCAUGCCACAAAACAAGGAUACCAACUUCGGCCCAAUGGUAAGCGCCGCUCAGCAGGAGAAGGUGAAGAUGUACAUCGAACACGGCCGAACAGUGGACAAGGCGAAGGUGCUGUUUGAUGGAUCCCAGGAUACCAAGAUGGCCCAACCAACUGCCGAUGGCUUUUGGGUCCAUCCUGCUGUGUUCACUAACUGCACUGACGAUAUGCGUAUUGCAAGAGAAGAGAUCUUUGGCCCUGUCAUGUGUAUUAUGCCGUACAAAACUCAGGGACGCCCUCAACAGGAGUGGUUGUCGGAUCUUGUAGCCCGAGCCAAUGACACUCCCAUGGGACUCGCUGCAGGUGUUAUUUCAUCGGAUGUUGGACUCGCACAGGAAGUCGUUCAAAAACUGGACGCUGGCAUAACUUGGAUCAACACAUGGGGUGAGUCCCCAGCCGAAAUGCCGGUAGGAGGUUGGAAGAUGAGCGGCAUAGGCUUGGAGAAUGGCCACGAGGGCAUAUCGGCAUAUAUGAGGACAAAAAGCACGCUGGUUCAAUUAGGCAAGGGAGCUU